AUGGCUCUUUUUGUGUAUCUUGUGCUUUUCCUAGCCCUGGUCCAUCAUUCAAGUGCUCUUUACUGUUUAUGCAAAGAUGGUGUUGGUGAUCAAGCCCUUCAGAAAGCAAUAGAUUAUGCUUGUGGAGCUGGAGCUGACUGUACCCCUAUUCUCCAAAAUGGAGCUUGUUACCAACCCAACACUGUGAAGGAUCACUGUAACUAUGCAGUUAAUAGCUAUUACCAGAGAAAGGGUAAUGCUGCAGGAACCUGUGAUUUUGCAGGUGCUGCCACAACCAGUACAAAUCCACCUACUACAUCAUCUGGAUGUGUCUACCCCUCAAGCCCUAGCAAUGCAGGAACAACACCAUCAACUGGUUCACCACCUGGUACAACCCCAUCAGCAGGUACAACUCCAAGCACAAGCAUAACUCCUGGUGCUCCUAACACAUUUGGAAUAAGUCCAACAUCUACAACUGGUUUCAAUAAUGGAGCUAAUUUGGGAGGCACCAACUCUGAGAUGCUUUUGCUCUUUCUGCUAACCAUGUGCUUAGCCAUCAGGAUCUAG